CAGCGCUCGAUAUAAUAAACAUUCGAGUAAAAGAAGCGCUUUUAUUUCACAUAUGACAAAAUGUCGGUGGCGUUUUCGUCGGCGCGCCCCAGGAGUAAAGGGGAGGUGACGCAGCAGGCGAUCCAAAAGAUGCUGGAUGAAAAUCAUUAUUUAAUACAAUGUAUAAUGGAUUACCAAAGCAAAGGGAAGACGGCUGAAUGCACACAGUAUCAGCAGGUCCUGCACAGAAACCUGGUUUACUUGGCCACGAUAGCAGAUUCAAAUCAGAACAUGCAGUCACUUCUACCUGCGCCUCCCACUUCCAGUAUGCCAAUGGGUCCUGGAGGGAUGGGUCAGAGUGGGGGACCCGCUCCCAGCAGCCUAAUCGACACCAUGGCACCGGGACUGGCCGCCACAUCGAUGAUGCAGAGUCAGAUGAGCAAUGGCUCCAGCCAUGCCCCCAUGCAGCAGCAGACAUCCCUCAGCCUGCCAGCCAGCAGUUACGGUGGCUCGGCCUCUUCCUCGGCCUCCGGCUACAGCCAUGCUGCACCCUCCUCCCAGGGCAGCAUGAUUCAGAGCCCUGGUUAUGGCUCUUCCUCCUCCUCCUCCUCUUCCUCCUCCUCCCGCAGCAACCUCAACAUGCAGUCCAACCAAGUCUCCAUGAUGCAGCAGCAAUCUGCCACUCCGCACUACUCCUCAGCUCAGGCAGGGGGCCAACACUAUCAGGGACAGCAGGCCAUGGGCAUGAUGGGUCAGGGCAGUCAAGGAAACAGUUUGAUGACUCAGAGGCCCAUUGGAUCCUACCGCUCUUCACAGCAAGGUAGGUGAUCAAUGCUACUCUGGUUAAAGGAGACACGAGAGCAGUAUGGACACACUCAGAGCUCCAGCGAGCCCAUAAACCAGCAGUAUUACCCUGAUGGUCACGGAGAGUUCUCAUAUCAGCAGUCUUCAUACGGCGAGCAAGGCUACGACAGGUCAUUCGAUGAAUCCUCACAGCACUACUACGAAGGAGGAAACUCUCAGUACAGCCAACAGCAAGCCCAGUAUCAGCAGAGCUCUGGCCAGCAGCAGACCUUCAGCCAACAGCAGUACUCGUCUCAACAAGGCUACACAGGACAGCCACAGGGAUACGGGCCUGGCCAGGGGGGAUCCUCCCAGUAUGCACAGUAUCAACAGGGUCAAAGCCAACAGUAUGGUUCCUACCGCUCGUCCCAGGGAGUCCCUGGUGCACAGACACAGAGGCCCUACGCUUAUGAACAGGGUCAGUAUGGGAAUUAUCAGCAAUAAACGCACCACAUUGUUUUCACGUUGGAAGAGAAUGAGACGCACUGAGCUCAGCUGUGGAUUAGAAGACCUGGCUGCAUCACUUGUAUUAUCCUUUCAUCAUCACAUUGAUUUUCAUUCAUGCAGAGGAAAAAAUGUAAUGCUUAUUUUUUUGCUUUUGAUCAGGCAGCGUAUAGAAACAAGGUUAAUGUUGACCUUCCUUAUGGAGGAACUUAAGAACUUAAAAGGAGCAGUAAACCUAAGAUGUCCUUAUCUUCUCUCUUUGUCUUUGCCUUUCACUUUGUCUCUGUUCGCUCAUCUUUAACUUAUCCUCCGCUUUGAUUUCAUUUUAGAAGCCGUUCUUCCUUUUUGUUCUUUUUUGGUGCACAGAGACGUGAGUCUGUGGUCUGUGAGACUGUGGCUAUAAAAAGCAAACUGGCCUUGAGGGACACGCUCCUUAAUAUAAUCUAAUAGAGUCAGUCCAGAUUUUGCUUUGAGCCCCUUAGACUCACUCUUAUAUCUCACAGUAAUGGAAAUGAAUUCUACGAAGGUGAAAACAUUUGGUCCUUUAACCUGACUUGAUCGGGGUGGUUUGUCCGUGUUAGUCAAACUGUGACGUGUUGCCGUGUGUUGUCAAACAUUACGUGUUUUCACUCUUCAUAUGUCUACAUGGUUGAUAGUUGACUGAUCAAGACUCAAGUGUGUUUAUCAUUGUCCAAGAUGAUCAGACGCUGUGGUUGUAUUUUUAUAGACUCUUAUAUUUGCAGUGGUAUUGCCCUGCACAGAAGCACAGAGUUCAGAGGUGUUAUAUUACCAUUCAAUAAGGAUUUUUCAUAAAAAUUAUUGCUACUUUGUCUUGCACUUAAAUUUGCAGUGACAGUAUGUGUAUUAUUUGAUAUUUCGUAUUGUAGUGAAAUUGAGCCUGUUAAAAAUUUUUUUUUAAACAAAUGAUCCUCAAAAAGCCAAAGUAUCACAGGAACAGUCACGUUUCCUGCACCUCUGCUUUAAAAAGUGAAAUACACUCAGUCAGUCAUGCUGAGGUCAGCUCUUAUAAACUUUCACUUUACUGUUUGUAAUUUCUUGACUUAUAAUCAUGGCAGCAUCUAUGUUUUUGAUGUUUUUGAUGCAUCAUAUUUCAGAAAUGUGUAUUUUAUGUAUUUAUCUGUCUUCUGAACAUAACAUAAAACUCAGCCCUUCUGUUUUUUGUCCGUGAAAACUUUACCAAUCAUCUGCAUUGUAUUAAUGUAUUAGUAAUGCUAACAAUUGGACAAAGGGGUAAAGAAGGUUAUUUUAAAUUUUUUAGAUGGUGUACAACCACACUUGCCUUAUUUUACACAUGUAUUUUAUCAUCUGUCUCUCCAACUAUCAUAUUGUGUGGGUAUAUAUGAUGUCGAUUUAUUGAUUUAAAAGAAAAUAUCUCAGUUUCCUCCAGUUAAAUCGGUGAUAUGGAUAUAAAGGAUUAAUUGUGUGCGGGUACAGCUUUGCAGUAUAUCCUGUAGAAACUCUACGCACCUCAGUGGGGAAUGAGCACAACAGAUGCAGUCAUUUUGCAGGGUUAAUCGAGAAUGAGAGACACCUGGCUGUCAAACAGCUGAAUAACAAUGUGCCACUCGACAGCGACAAUCACAGGCUUCUCUGUCCUACAAUGAAUCUGUGUCAGUGUUUCUUUUGCCAUGUACAAUAUGACAAUUAUUUUCCAGUUCUCUGUCGUGUGUAAUCACUGAUGUGGCUUGUAUGACUUGUUUGUGUGCGUGCCUGUUUGAUGAGAGAGGGAGAGGGAGAGAGAGAGAGAGGGAGAGGGAGAGAGAGAGAGAGAGAGAGAGAGAGAGAGAGAGAGAGAGAGAGAGAG